AUGGCGACCAGCCCACUACCCGGUCCCACCGAUAUCUUGUUGCCCUCCCCGUCCAGCGCGUACCCACCGGACCCCAUGAAUCAACCGAGGGCCGGUCACAGCGCCAUGAAACCCAACCAAGUGGGGCAAGUGAUCCUUUAUGGCAUCCCCAUCGUCUCUUUGGUCAUCGACGGGCAAGAGAGGCUGUGUUUAGCUCAAAUUUCCAACACCCUCCUCAAAAACUUCAGCUAUAACGAGAUCCACAACCGACGGGUGGCUUUGGGCAUCACUUGUGUCCAGUGCACACCAGUUCAACUGGAAAUCCUCCGCCGGGCUGGGGCGAUGCCUAUCUCCUCUCGCCGUUGCGGUAUGAUCACCAAGAGGGAAGCAGAAAGGCUUUGCAAGUCUUUUUUGGGGGAGAACCGGCCCCCUAAAUUGCCGGAUAACUUCGCUUUCGACGUAUCCCACGAAUGCGCAUGGGGUUGCCGAGGGAGUUUCAUCCCAGCUCGUUACAACAGCUCCAGGGCCAAAUGCAUCAAGUGCAGCUACUGCAGCAUGUACUUCUCCCCCAACAAAUUCAUCUUCCAUUCCCACCGCACCCCCGACGCCAAAUACACCCAACCCGACGCCGCCAACUUCAAUUCUUGGCGCCGCCACCUCAAGCUCACCGACAAAACCCCUCAAGACGAGCUGGUUUUCGCUUGGGAGGAUGUCAAGGCCAUGUUUAACGGG